UUCUUCUCUCUCUCUCAAGUGAAUUUGGAUCUCUGUUCUCAUUUCUCAAGAAACUUUACAGAGAGAGAGAGAGAGACUGUGUCCUGUUUUGGACGUUUUGACUUUUGCAACAAAGCAGUCACCGUUCUAUAAAUAAAAACACAGUUAGCUUAAAAAAAAGGAAAAUGCUGCUUCAAGAACCUCAACCCCAACGAGCAACACUACUUUUAUUUCAUGUCUUCAAUGCAAUAUCUAAAAGGCAAUCAUUCACAAAAGGCAUGGAGCUUGAAGGGGUUAAAGAAAAUAUGGAACUGAGGUUGGUUUCAAGGCACAAGCGUUCAAAGAGCUUUCCUGAUAAUAAAAAGUUUGAGGAGGAUAGUACAGACACUGAGGCCACAGAUAGAAUUAAGCUGGAUACUGGGUACCUCACAGAAUGCUGUAAUUCUAGGACAAAACAAACAGCUACAAAUGAUGCUGAAUUUACUCUGAAGCAAGAGAUUCUACAACUUGAGAGAAGACUGCAAUACCAAUUUGAGGUCCGAAGCACAUUAGAAAAGGCGCUUGGAUACCGACCUUCAUCAUCUCUUGCUAGUUCCAAUGAUACAAUAGUACCCAAGCCAACCACAGAAUUAAUUAAGGAAAUUGCAGUGUUAGAGUUGGAAGUUGUGUAUUUGGAACAACAUCUCCUCUCCUUGUAUCGCAAAGCAUUCGAUCCGCAGUUACCCUCUGUCUCUCCACCCACCAAGGAGGAAAGAGUAGAGUCUCCUCUAAUAACAACUCCAAGAGCAAGAUACACUGAAGUUUCUAGGCCUCAUGAGGUCUUAACCGAAAGAGAAUGUUCUGCAGUUCAAUCCAACAGUCAUAUUCUUGAUACUAUUAGAAAAGAACAUACUAAUGGAUAUAAAGUUGAGACUCCGGAGAAAGAACAUAGUGUAAGUCAGCCAGAAGAACAGCAUUUAGAUUCUGGUGUAUAUCGUUGCCACUCUUCAUUAUCCCAUUGUCCAGCAUUCGCAACAGCACAGUCUCCUACAGCAUCCUUGCGAGCUUGUCAUUCGCAGCCAUUGUCCAUGAUGGAGUAUUCCGAAAAUGUUGAUGGUUCAUCAAAUAUAAUCAGCCUAGCAGAGCAUCUUGGCACGCGAAUAUCCGAUCAUAUUCCGGAUACACCUAACAAGCUUUCUGAGGAUAUGGUGAAGUGCAUAGCAGCUAUAUACUGUAAACUUGCAGACCCGCCUACAACGAAUCCUGGCCUUUCCUCACCAAGUUCAUCCUUGUCUUCAGUUAGUGCAUUUUCUGUUGGAGAUCAUGGUGAUAUGUGGAGUCCAGGUUUCCGGAACAAUUCGUCUUUUGAUGUACGUUUAGACAACCCUUUCCAUGUGGAAGGGCUCAAGGAGUUUAGUGGACCUUACAGUACCAUGGUUGAGGUAUCAUGGAUUUACAGAGAUAAUACCAAAUUGGGUGAUACAGAACAUUUACUCCAGAACUUCAGGUCAAUUAUUUCUCGACUAGAAGACAUCGAUCCGGGGAAGUUGAAACACGAGGAGAAGCUAGCUUUCUGGAUCAACAUACACAAUGCUUUAGUGAUGCAUGCAUUUUUGGCUUAUGGUAUCCCACAAAACAAUGUGAAGAGAGUCUUUCUUUUGUUGAAGGCUGCAUAUAAUGUUGGAGGUCAUACAGUUAGUGCAGACACAAUACAGAGUGCUAUACUCGGGUGCCGAAUGUCGCGUCCUGGACAGUGGCUACGAAUGUUCUUUUCUUCAAGAACCAAAUUCAAAGGCGGAAAUGGACAACAAGCAUAUGCAAUUGAGCAUCCUGAACCUCUUCUACACUUUGCACUCUGCUCCGGAAACCAUUCCGAUCCAGCGGUACGUGUAUAUACACCAAAGAGAGUGCUUCAAGAACUAGAAGUAGCCAAGGAAGAGUACAUUCGCGCCACUUUUGGGGUACGAAAGGACCACAAAAUACUUUUACCAAAGCUCGUUGAGUCGUUCGUCAAGGACUCCGGCUUGUGUCCCGCCGGUACAGUUGACAUGAUCCAACAGUCUCUUCCUAAGGAUUUGGUAAAGUGA